GAAUUCUAUCAUCUGGUCCCACGACAACACGUUGCUUGUGUGAGACAGGCUAGUCCUUCGGAUGAACGCUUGAUUUUAUGAAGCUGGUUUGUAGUAUUGCUCCUGUAUUAGUAAAUAUAUCUAGAGGAGUUCACGGUUCAGUCGCAGCUCGUCGGAUCAGAGCAGAGAUGUGUAAAGAGCUCAAGACUAAAGUGUUACGUCUGUUACCGCCGACCUCCAACGGACCGACGGUCCAUCGGGACGAAACAGAUGGUGCUGAAAUCCUGAGCUGCACAGUAAAGGCUCUGAAAGAGGGUCACAUUGUUGCGGUGCCCACAGAUACCAUCUAUGGCCUGGCAUGUCUGGCCCAAAACUCCGACGCCGUCAGAAAAACGUAUGACACAAAAGGACGAAACGGACAGAAGCCGCUGGCCAUCUGUGUAGGGGAAAUUCAGGAUAUCUAUAAGUACUGCAAGGUGAAGGUGAAAAAAGAGCUGUUAGGUGACCUGCUCCCCGGUCCUGUCACCCUGGUGUUUGAAAGGUCUGAAGAACUGAACACAGACCUGAACCCCUUUACCUCACUUGUAGGUGUACGUAUCCCAGAUCAUCCCUUUAUGAGGCAACUUUGUCAGAUGUGCGGGGAACCACUCGCACUCACAAGUGCCAACAUCAGCUCACAGACCAGCACAGUGGAAGUACAUGAGUUCCAGGAGCUCUGGCCCAAACUAGCUGUGGUUGUGGAUGGUGGACCGAUAGGAGACCAGAGCCGCCUCGGAUCAACAGUAGUCGACCUGUCAGUACUCGGCAAAUACAGGAUCAUCAGACCAGGCUGUGCCCUUUCUUCUACGGUUGAUGUGCUCAAGCACAAAUAUGGACUGUCAGAGCACUCGGGGGAAGAAUGACCUUUGAACUCUCCACACUCCAAAAAUCACGCACAACCAGCUCUGACCCGGGGCUACUUGGGAGGAGAUGAAUCCGUGAAUCAGCCUUUGCCGGGGAAGACUGUAUCUCAGGAGGACUGAAACUGCUGAUGGACGAUUUUGUUCCAGUGGCAGCUUCAAAGUCUUGGGUAUCUUUUUCUUAUGUCUUAGAUGAGCAUAUUUUGUUUGUGUUUCUGUCAUGACAUUAUUUGGGAGUUUAAGCUUUUAACUAUCAUUUAUACAGAAAUAGGUCAGCUGUAUAGUAAGUAAUGUGGUCAUGGGCGAAAGAAUGGUUUGAGCCAGCCUUUUCGCAACAUGAUCAGAGCUGUAGUAAGCACUUAUUUAAUGGUCUGAUUGAAUGUGUGUGAUAAAAUAAAUCAACUUUUUAUUUAAGGGGGCUGUAAACUGUUUUUUGUGGGGUUUUUUGUUUGUUUGUUUGUUUUUUAAUCCUGUCAUUUAUUUUUUUCCUGUCAGCGUGAAGAUUGCACUUCAAUUGUUAGCAUCAACACUUACAGUAAAUCCUGUUUUACAUUGUAGACUACUAAUACUGGAACAUUUGAGUUGUUUCGUUGGCACAUGGAUAUAAUUUGUAAAAUUCCUCUCAUUUGAAUGUUAAUAACUGGAGUACAUGAUUAAAUCUUCAGUGUCUGAUUGGACCUUGAUUAACAGAUGGUGCAACAUUGGCAAAUCCACAAUAAAAUUAUAUUUUUUCCCAGUC